AUGCCUACUGCACCGUAUUGGGGCGAUCUGUCAGGCCCCAAGGCGGCCAGACGCCAGCGUCGCCAGUCAGAAGACUUUAGUCUUCCCAAUCGAAACUCCCCGGAUCUGGAGGCUCCUCCAACCGCAGCGCUCAUGACGGACAAACCUCUUCCUCCUCACCCCCCAAAGUCAAACCGCACCUCGAUGCAGACGACCAAUACCGAGGCCGUUACCGAGUCAACUCUCAGCCCCUACACCUCGCCAACCGCCUCCAGCUUCGCCGAUCAAGGCCUGGCCCCACGACCACCGACCUUCCCCUACGGCGAAUCCCAGUAUUCAGACGAGCCGGCCGAGAGACGCGAGCGGAGACGCAGAGAGCGCAACAACGAGACCGAGGACGACGUCGAUUUCGGUUACCGGUCCGGUCCAACACCUCCGGCUGCCCCGGAUGUACCCCGCGCCCCGCCAGUGAGCUUCAGACAUCCGUACGGGAAUGGUGGCCUGCCAUACACACACCCAUCACCAGGUCCGCCUCGUGUUUCGCGACAGCCCAGUCCGCUGGUCGUCCCGGACGACGAGAUGAACCCCGAAGAGUACUACAAGAAUCCUGCGCCUGAUGCUGAAGAAAGGCAGCAGAAGCAGGAUGAGUUACCCACUCUCGAUCGCUCGCAGCGUACGCUCGACGCCGAGACACGACCACCCCGCGAUCCUCAGAGCUCAUCAAGGAGGAGAUCCACGGGCGGGGCAGGAAGGAGUGGGCAGGGGAGAAAGUCGGGGUCCAGCAAAAAGUUCGCCGACGACCGUUCUCCGCUCCAGAGGCUUGAGCUGACGCUCGACAGCAUCACCAAGGAGGAAAAGCGAGCUCGCGUCGAAGCCGCGGAGAAACGCGCCCGAGAAAAGGCUGCUGCGAAGGCUGCACAGAACCCGGAUCUCUUGCAACCUCCCGAGCCCACGCAGCGCGCCCCCCGCGCGCCGCCGCCGCAGCCGCAAGAACCCUUGUUCAAGCAAGAGCCUCCGCGACCCCUUCCAGAGCCGCCUCGACAGCCUCCACCAGAGGUACGAUAUGUGCAACAUGUGCCGGUGCAGAAUGUACAGGUGCACCAGGCGCCACCACCACCACAGCAGGUGCGGUUCCGAGACGACGGGCUGGACGAUGACCGAAGAGAGCAGCAGUACUAUCCCGAAGACGACAAGAGAUACGCGCCCCGCCAGUCGCUCGACGAGAGACGGCAACAGCCGCAGUACGUGCCCGAAAACCACAGGCGCCAUGCAUCCGGGCCAUACCCGCCGAAAGGACCUUCAAUGGCUGCUGCGAAACAGAGACACCCUCCCGCUUCUUCUGGGGUCCCGCAGAGAAGCGUCAGUCUCCGUGAAGGGCCUCGCGAGCCGCCCGCAUCGAGCUCAGGAAUCCCUAAGCGCAACUUGAGCUUCCGCGAGCGCGCUGCAAAGAAUGACAUGGUGUUGCCGCUAGGCGCCGAGCCAACUGGGAGCGCAGAGACAAGCCCGCAACCCACACCACCGGUCGCCGGGUCUCGGCGACCCAGCUUCUCUCUCACUAGGAGUGGGAGCAACAAGCUGAAGAAGCAGCCGAAGGGUGAUCCGUGGUUCAGCAUCCGGCAAGAUGCGGAGAGGAAAUACGACAACAUUGAGUUCCGGAACGCCGCUUUGGACCAAUCUGCUGCAGAAAAGGGUGGGCCUCCAGUGCAGAGAUCCGUGUCCCAGCGCGAACAGGCAUUGCCCCCGGACGCAAUGCAGGAGGAGGUGAGACGGGCCGGGAUUCCCAGUAAGGCUGCGAAGUUGAUUGGUCUUGACUUGGGAGGAGUUCAACGUCGGUCGACGGCCCCGGCGGCCCAACAACUUGACUACGAGUCUGAAGACGACGACCCUCGAUACGUCGAUGCUCGCCAGGCACCUGUAGCCUCGGGCGGACGUGGUGACAACUAUCAUCACAUACCCCAGGCUGUCGCGCGUGGCAGACCCUCCGACAGGGAAUACUACUCCGAGGAUGACGGGUUCAGUGAUGACUCCCGGGACUUGUAUCCUGCCAAGAAGGCGUUCCGCCCCGGCGAAGGCAUUUACCAGCCACCCGUCUAUCUUGACGAGUGGAAAAAGGCGACUGUCGGUAGUCUGUCCGGGGCCAUGUUGGACCUUAGCGAUGGACGGCUUGCUUCGGACGAGAAGGAUACUCCCUGGUGGGAAGGCGGCAAGCGCAGAGGGAGCACCUCACGGCCGCGCAAGGCAGAAGCCUUUGAUGGCGAGUAUGAUGACACACAUGCUCCUACACGGUUCAAGCCGCCACUGUUCCUCAAGUGCGGUCCGCUGUUGAGAUACUGUGGACUCAAACAUGAGAAGGUUCCCGCGCGUAAUCGGAACAUCGCCGUCAAUGAGAGAACCGUCUGGCGUGGGUCGGUCAUGAUCGUGACGCUGGACAGCGACUCCUCGUACGAGAUCGCGCCGACCUUGAGACUGUUCGUGCAACCCAUCGAACUGCUCCCUCCUCCGCCUCUGGAGAUCACGGGAGAGCAGGGACUGCCGCCGGAAUACGUGGACCCGAUUGCCGGAAUUCCGAAGCUGGGCAGACGAGGGGAGACACUUUACGUUCGUCCAGUGGAGCACCUCGACGAGGCCAAGGACCUGUCUAGAGAUGAGACAGACAACGGCCUUUUCGAAAAGACUAGGAGCCCGCCCGAUUGUACUCAGCCGGACGGCUCGUCGGACUUGCCUGGCUCCUUUGCUAGCCGUCGAAAGCGCGUCGAGAUUGACGGUGAAAAGGUCUCCAAGUACAAGGACGUGCGCGGUUUCCGACUGCACGCAGAGCGCGGAUGCACGUUCUGGCGCUUCAACAUUGAGAUUGAGCUCCACGAGAACCAGCAGCGGAUCGCAUACCGGAUCAACAGGGGCCCCUCGAUGGGCUUCUGGGUUCCUGCCCUUGGGCAAUCCAUGAACAUCAUGUUCCACAGCUGCAACGGUUUCAGUGCCAGCGUCAACCCCGACGACUUCAGCGGCCCCGAUCCCAUGUGGCGCGACGUUCUCAACACUCACCAGUCACAGCCCUUCCAUGUCAUGAUUGGCGGCGGUGACCAGAUUUACAAUGAUUGCUUGAUGGACCAGAGCAAGCAGUUCCGCGAGUGGCUGGCGAUCAGGAACCCCCUCCACAAGCACAACGCGCCUUUCACGCCAACGAUGCAAGACGAGCUCGAGCGGGCCUACCUCGAGCGGUACUGCAUGUGGUUUUCGCAGGGCCUCUUCGGCCUGGCCAACUCGCAGAUUCCCAUGGUCAACAUGUGGGAUGAUCACGACAUCUCGGACGGCUUCGGCUCGUACGCACACCACGACAUGAACUCGCCGGUAUUCUCUGGCCUUGGCAACGUUGCCUACAAGUACUACAUGCUAUUCCAGCAUCAGAGUGUCCCUACGGAAACAGAGGCUUCUGAGCCCAGUUGGAUUCUUGGCACCAAACCCGGACCGUACAUCAGCGAGCUGAGCCGCAGUCUGUUUGUUGAGCUGGGCUCCAAGGUUUCCCUGUUGGCGGUCGACGGCAGAACAGAGCGGACGGAGCUCGACGUGGUCAGCGAGCCCUCGUGGCAGAGAAUCAUGGACCGCUGCUACGAAGAGUUGAGGAAUGGGCGAACUGAGCAUCUGCUGGUUCUGCUGGGUGUUCCGAUCGCCUACCCCAGGCUGGUCUGGUUGGAGAACAUUCUCACCUCGAGAGCCAUGGAUCCCGUCAAGGCUCUUGGCAAGUUGGGUAUGCUCGGCAACACCCUAAACCACAUCGACGGUGGUGUCGAGGUACUCGACGACCUGAACGAUCACUGGACUGCCAAGAACCACAAAAAGGAGCGGACCGUUGUCUUGCAGGACAUGCAGGACCUGGCAGCAGACAAGUCGGUGAGAGUCACCUUCCUCAGCGGUGAUGUUCACCUUGCCGCCGUCGGUCAGUUCUACGCCAACCCCAAGCUUGGUCUCCCCAAGCACAAGGACUUCAGAUACAUGCCCAACAUCAUCUCUUCGGCCAUUGUUAACACGCCACCUCCCGACCUGAUGGCGGAUAUUCUAAACAAGCGCAACAAGAUUCACCACUUUGACGAGUCGACCGAGGAAGACAUGAUCCCGUUGUUCCAGCAUGGCGUGGAUGGGAAGGUGAGAAACAACAAACACUUGCUGCCGCACCGCAACUGGUGCUCCAUCAGGGCGUGGACCCCGGGAACUACGCCGCCUCCCACGCCGCCGCUGUCUGCUUAUGAUAGGAGCCCAAGCCCGCCGGCGAGUCGUAAAGGUCUCUUGAGGCGGUUCUCUUCGAACCGUGGCCCCGCGUACCGCCCGGAUGUGCAGCAGGAUGCUCGAGACGAGUCCCGGUCUCGGCCUCCGAUUUCCAACAGGGGCAAGACUGGCCUGUUCCGCAGUCUUUCACGCCGCAACUCGACCGACGGAGGUCGGCCUGCUGAGCCGCCCAAGCCAAAGCGCUCACUGUCGCUGACUCGCAACUUCUUCAGUCGCCGGGGCAGCAAGAAAUCGCAACCUGAUGACGGUGGUAUCAACGGUCAGUGGGGGGACGAGGACAACGGCCGAGACGACGAUAGCGUGGACGAUGGCUAUUACGGAUAUGAAGACGAACGCGACCGUGUGCCGGGGUCUAGGUCGAGGGGCAUGGGCCUCCGGGGCGGUGGCCACGAUGAGUACCAAUCCGGCGAUGACUCCUAUUUCACAGCUCGCCCGGCGGCGCGAAUGAGCGGGGCUCCCAACAUGGCAGUCCCCCGGAGCCAUGACGAGUUCCAGCCCGGCGACGAAACCCAAUUCUCCGCUCGUGCGCCGGCUCGUUCUUACACCACAGGCGAUGACCGUCAGGUUCCAAGGUCGCAAGAUUCGCUGGCGCGGCCGAAGCCUUUCCACCGCACCCCAACAGGGUUGUCGGUCAAGCAAAAGAAGAAGGCGGACGUAUUGGAGGUGGACCUCGAGGGCGGUCUGGACAUCUGCCUCAACGUCGAGGUGAAUCAGAAGGAUCCCGCCGGCAUCACAGUCCCGUACCGACUGCUUGUGCCCCGCCUCGUUUGGGAUGACGCCAAGGAGGCUGCCAAUUUGCAGCAGCCACCUGCUCCGACGGGAUUUAAGCGGCUGUUCAGCAUGAAGAAGAAGGACGCUGGCACCGCUGUGCCUUCUCAGGGCCAGCCGUCCGAGGAACAGUUCGAGGGGUCCAUCAGUCAGCAGUCAGCGGUACCUCCCGCGGGACGGGAGCCUGUCUACGACGCGCCGUCCAAGAACGUUAGCUACGAGACACCUGGAGGUUAUGAUUCAGCCCGCACGCACGACUCGGCAGGACGAUACAACUCGCCAGCGAGAUACGAGUCGCAGAGUGUGAGGCACGGCAGAUGA